AGAGGAUUAGUAAGUUUCCUAGUGUUGCUGCGUGAACCUCACUGUCUUUUUCAAUGCCCCAGGAAUACUAUUUGAUUAGCAUUAAUUGAUAUCGAUGAAGCACGUGCAUGGCGGCUGCUGAUGAAGAAACUACUUUAUGCGUACUUUGUGCGGAUGAAGGUCCGGAUGGCUACCCGGAAAAGGUUAUUGCAGCGUUAGAGAAGAAGGACGUCUCGUGUUUGCGUCUUCCCAAAGUCGCGAGGAAACUUCCUAACCAUCAAUACGAGCUGAGCUUUGAACCAUGGCGAGAAGAGAUGACAGCAUGUGUCAAACGAUGCGUGUGCCUCGUGUGGAUUGUUACCACGGAAUUCUUGAAGUUAUGGAAUGAAAACAUGUUAUCAAAUGGACAAUUUUCUUUUCAAAGCAGUGUAAGGGAUGUGCUCAAUGCCUUUCACGCGAAAUACCGACAGGAUGACGUCAUUUCUGAAAAUCGAGUUUUUCCUAUUCGUGAUGGUGUCAACCCCACAGACAUACGGGAGAUCUGUAGUGUGUUUGGAGCAGCAAUGUCAGUGGACUCAAAAACGAUGUCUGUUGACAGGAUUGCCGACACUAUAAAGGCUAAAGCAAGUGGUAUUCAGCAGAAAAUUAAUCAGAAAUUUACAGCAACUGAUGAACAGUGUGCAAUAGAGGCUGCACAUGAAGAAGUUUCUGCUGCUAUUGAUGCUGAUGCUGAUGUUGUAGCCCACAAAAGUACAGUGUUGAGACCUGGUCAAUCUGCAGCUUUAGUUGUACCAAGUGUGUUUUCUUCUGGACAAUCAAGACUUGCCACAGGGAACAUCAUUGAUAGUUCACAGGAUGAUGAAGAUAGAGAAGGACAGAGACAAACAAAUUGGGAUGAUGAUGGCAGUGAUCAGAGGAUGGCUUACUUUGUCAGAGAGCCCAGUAGAAAUGCUUUACAGUUGAUAGAAACUCAAGUAGAGAAAUGCCAAGAGACUCCAGUAGAGCCAGUGCAAGAUACUUUUAUCAAGGAGACAAAAAAUCCUUCUAAGGCAAUAAGUGAAUUGCGUGAGGUGGCAAGUGUUGUGACUAAGUCUCUCACCUCUUCUACGUCGUCUAUUAAAAAGAUUUUGCCACCAACUGCUGCUAUUGGAGAUAAAGUUACCGUGUAGAUUUUAAGAAUUUUGUGGCUGUUACUGAACAAGUUACUUAACUAAAGAAAUGUUGAUUUGCCAUUUGCUGUAUCCUGUUUGUACGCAGUUUUAGUACUCUGUUGUAUAUGUGUGGUGGUAGUAGUUGUUGUAGUAGUAGCGAUCGUAGCUUGAUUUGAAUUAGCUAACUUGUUACAUUAUAUACAGAGUUUCUUUCACUAACAA